GAGUUGUGCAAUGGGAUCCAAUUGAGAUAUGCUUGUUUGGCGAUCCAAUUGAGAAUUGGUUUAUAACCUGGGGAUGAACAUGUCGUUUUCAAGAAAAAGCCCUUCGUGGUAAUGGUAGUUUCUAGUUCUAGGGCUUCUAGCAAAGAGCUCAAACUAAGAAGUACCAGCCGAAACGCUCUCUUUCUCCGUCAAGCUAGUAGAAAUUUAACGGUAUUUUUUCUCACUUGCGAUUACACAAUCCUCCAAAAAGGCCAAAAGGGCAAUCCGUGUUGUCUGCUCAGGGUUACAUUGUAUGUGACAUGAAGAGGACAAUACCAUGGACUGACCCGGUUGAUGUUAUAUCAUCGGAUGAAUCUUCUUCCUCGGAUUCAGAGAUAGAGCUUAAUGAUGGACUUGAUGGCCAGCGGUUAUCCAAUUAUGUUACAAUCGAUCAACCCUUCAAAGAAAUGACAUCUGAGGGUGUGUUGAUUAGAAGGGCAGAAAUGUAUCAAGAUUACAUGAGGCAUAUCCCUAUCCCAGUACAACGUGGCUCUGCCAUCCCAUUUUCCUCAUGGGUGGGGUUAGGCAAAUCCAUCAAGCAACUAUAUCAGCAGCCCUUGCAUUACCUCACCAACAUUCUUCUAAAUACAUGGGAUCAACAACGAAUUGGCAGUGAGGACGAGCAUAGGCCCUUGGAUAUCAUGAUUCAUCCUUGUAAAGCUGAAGCCACCAUCUGGCUUGUUGAAGAAGUUCACAGGCGCACAUCAUCACAUCAUCACGUGGCUAAAAUCUGGCAAUCUGACCCAAUGCACCAUGCUUUUGUAGACUCCAUUUUCCCAAAGUUAUGAAGCACAUCUCGACUUUAAGCUUGAUUUUGUUGGAUGUUCCCUGAUUGCUUGGGCAAGAGCUAUGAACUGUAUAACCUGCAUCUGAAAUGGCACUGAAACUUCUCUUAUGGUUGUUCCUUUAUUGUUAUUUUUUCUUUUGUAUAAUUGUCACGUGCAUAAAUAGAUAUAUUUAGCUUUCUUUUUUUCA